AUGGCAACGAUAUUUGUGUCGCUGCUGUUGCAAGUUGGAGUUGUGACAAGCUACUUGGUGUCGUUAACACCAACUUGUGUUGAAAAACUCUGCCGUCGAUUUUCACUUGCUGAAAUCCAAUCAGCCACCGGAGACUUUAGUGACGACUAUGUGAUUGGAAAGGGUGGUUUUGCUGAAGUCUACAACAAUAGGACUGUUCUUGUGGCGAUAAUGCGGCGGCUAGCAUCAAACCGGGAUCAAGGGCAAGGGCGGACAGAGUUUGUGGCGGAGAUUGAAACACUAAGUAAGUUCCGACACUAUAAUCUAGUCGUUCUUAUUGGGUACUGCGAUGAGGAGGGCGAGAUGAUUCUCGUUUAUGACUACAUGUCUAAUGGAACACUGGCAGAUCACCUCUACAAUCUAGGUACGUCACUCUCGUGGAAUGAACGACUUAAGAUAUGUAUUGGAGCUGGGCGAGGUCUUGACCAUCUUCACUCGGGUUGCUCUAUCAUACAUCGUGAUGUCAAGCCUACUAAUAUCCUUUUGGAUCAUGAUUUCACAGCUAAGGUUUCAGAUUUUGGAUUGGCCAAACAUUUAGGCCAUAAUAUGUCACAAACUCAUGUCACCACUCAUGUUAAGGGUUCAUUUGGAUAUUUUGAUCCUAGUUAUUUCACCACGGGUAGACUCACAAAAGGAAGCGACACAUACGCGUUUGGGGUAAUAUUAUUGGAGGUAUUGAGUGGGAGACCCGCGGUGGAGCAUAGGCUUGACGAGGAUCAGCUGUGUAUGAGCACGUGGGCUCAAGAAAAAAUUCGAAAUGGGAAAGCUGGGCAGAUUGUAAAUCCAUAUUUGAAGGGAGAUAUCUCAGAAAUUUGCCUCAAGACAUUUGUUGGCGUUGUUAAAAGAUGUUUGCAUCAUGAUCCAAAGAAGAGACUCACAAUGAGUCGAGUUGUGGCGCAACUUGAGUUAGCUCUCGAACAACAGGAGAGAUCAACACAUAAGGAUGUCAAUGAGGUGAAAGUUGAUGUCCAUGUCCCUGCCUCUCCAUUAGCUGAAACAAAUGACAUUACUGAUGAUUCAAGUGUUAUACCAUUUGGAAAAAGAUCAACAUCAAUGGAUGAGAAUGAGGUUGAAGUCGAUACGCUAUCAAAGGCCAUCCGAGUGGAUCAUACUAUUAAUAUGCUGCCAAUUUAUGUCCCUUCCAUUCCUUAG